UUGUUUUCUGCCUCAAUUCCUUAGAGUUUUCCGAGAUUUAUAUGUUUUUCAGUUGUUUAACGUUCACCCAGUUUUGUAGCUCUUUUUAGGUACUUAAAUUUUUGGCUGGAAAGUUGAUUUGGAGGCACACUGAAGCAUAGGUUAUUGGAGGUAAAUGCAUGGAUCGAAGGGAUGUCAUGGCAUUAUCAGGAUCUGCAUCUUACUAUAUGCAACAGAGAGGGAUAUCCGGGUCGGGUUCCGAAAUGGAGUCCGGGAUGCAUGGAUCACAAGGCAUUCAUCCAUUAUCUAAUCCAAAUGUACAAUACCUAUCAAGUAUUCGACCCCCUACUAUAGAGUCCACCUUACCUUUGGAGUCUCCAUCAGGGGUUACCCCUCAUAGUGUCAAUGUAGACACACGUUCAGCAGUGCCACCGAGUGAGGCGGUGAAACGGAAAAGAGGAAGGCCCCGGAAGUACGGACCCGAUGGGACCGUCUCGUUGGCGCUGACUCCUGCAUCGGCUACUCGCCCUGCGACAAUAACGCCGGGCCAAAAACGGGGAAGAGGGCGGCCGCCGGGUACGGGAAGGAAGCAACAAUUAGCUUCCCUUGGUGAAUGGCUGUCCGGUUCAGCUGGGAUGGGUUUUACACCACAUGUCAUCACUGUUGCAAUAGGAGAAGAUGUUGCAGCAAAAAUACUGUCAUUUUCUCAGCAAGGGCGUCGAGCAGUAUGCAUUCUGUCCGCCAAUGGGGCUGUCUCUACCGUAACUCUUCUACAGCCAUCAUCCUCGGGUGGCUCUGUUACGUAUGAGGGGCGAUUUGAGAUAUUAUGUCUGUCAGGCUCCUACUUGCUGACCGGCAAUAGUGGCUCUUGCAAUCGAACUGGUUGUCUAAGUGUUUCCCUUGCCACUCCUGAUGGUCGCGUUAUCGGUGGAGCUGUCGGAGGGACGCUCAUUGCAGCAAGCCCAGUUCAGGUGAUCGUUGGAAGUUUUGUCUGGGGUGGUGCAAAGACAAAGAACAAGAAGCCUGAAGGUCAAGAAUGUCUAAAUGACUCGGAUAAUCAGAGUGCGGACAAUCUAGUAUCUCCGUCCGGCAUUUUGCCAAGUCAAAAUCUGAUUCCGACUUCGCCUGUAGCUGUAUGGCCUGGUUCACGAACGAUGGAUAUGCGUGAUACACACGUCAAUAUCGACCUAAUGCGAGGAUGACUCGUACGUCUAAUACUUUCAUGAGCAAUGUACAUAAUUUGCUGUUGAAGGCAAACCUGAUUGUAAUUCAAAAGUCCCAAGGGGCAACCUGAUUUUCGGCUUGAUGAAAUCUCCCUUAAUUUUGAUCGUCGCAAUGACGGACAAAGGAGGUUUCCUCGGAUAUUUGUAGCUUGAUGACAGUUAGAACUCACGAUUAACUGAUCCCGUGAGGUAUCUUCAAGUUUCUCCAAUUUGAACCAAUUUAAGCAAGCCAUGCUUCAUUUCUCUUUAUAGGCAGCCAUGGCUUUAAGUCUUUAUCUUUUAUUAUGA